AUUAUUCUUUUAGAGGAAAAAAGCAAAACAUUCUCUUAUUCCUUACCGGUUGGCUUUUGGGGUGUCCCGGUUGGUGGAGAAGUCUUUACAAUAGAGUAGAAUAGAGUAGCUGAAUGUCAAGACAUCGUUUGUAGAAUAUCCUAAUAAAUGUAUUUAAUUCCAGCCUUCUGCGCUAAAAUCUAUAGAAAGCUGGUAACCUUUCUUUAGUAGUCUACAACUUGUCCUGCCUUAUUAUGAAUUCAAAACGUCUGUCAGACAACUCUCCUGUUGGAAUAAGGGUUGGUGCAUCGAAACAAGCAGAUAUUGACAGCCAUGCAAACGGUACCAAAAUACGCGACAUGAGCGUCGCUUCAGCGGACAGCAGUGUCCUACUGGCAUGCACAAACGGGCCCACAUCGGGAUCUGUCCUGUACACCAUCGUGCUUGACGAUGGUUCUUUGAGGGAAGUUACAGACGACAACGUCGCUCUCAAUGGGACUAAGCAGGGAGACAGGAGACAACUGGACAUGAAAAAAACCAUCUGUGGUGGCCAUGGCGACCAGAAAGACACAGGUCCAAGUGGGGUCCUCAAGAGGGCCAGUCCCACACACUGUCUCAUUUUAAACGGUCAGAAGUCAGAUGGACUUAUGCAGUGUGACACCAGGCUGGCAGGGAAACAUCUUGAGGUGGUCAACGGUUACCAAGCAGCCCAGGGGCAGAAGAUCCCACCUGAAGAGAGACACCCUCUCUCCUCAUCCCACAUACCUGUCCCCAGACACAGGAAACUAUCAGGUCAUGCUGACAAGGAAGUGAUGGCUGCUACCGUCCUGACCAGCCUCUCCACUUCCCCCCUGGUCCUCAACCCGGCCUCUGCAACCACAGCUGCAACCCUCGAGGCAGCCAACAGGGGGUGGAAGGAGGCCCUGUCAGCCAGCUACAGCAGCUCCACCAGUGGCAACUGGAGCUGGGAUGCCAGCGACCAAUCUGUGCCCUCCACGCCGUCUCCGCCUCUCUCCAACGACACCAGCAAGAGCUUCCUCCUCUCUUUCCAGGGUGACAACAUCACCCAGGAUGUCACUGAGAUCACGCACUUCCUGUUUGAGGACCCCAUACCCCGGAAGCGAAAGAACUCCAUGAAGGUGAUGUUCAAGUGCUUGUGGAAAAACUGUGAAAAGGUCCUCAGCACCUCCUCAGGAAUCCAGCGGCACAUCCGCACUGUCCACCUGGGGCGCAAUGUGGACUCUGACUACAGUGAUGGGGAGGAAGACUUCUACUACUCAGAGAUUGAGGUGAACAUGGACAGCCUGUCAGAGGGCCUGUCCAGCCUCACGCCCACCUCCCCCACCACGGCUGCCCCCCCCCCCGUCUUCCCCCUGUCCUCCGUCGACGUCCCCCACUCCGAGCCCUCCCACAUCUCCUUCCGAGGAGGACAGAGCCACCCUCCCAGUCUGCUCAGCCAAUCGGCUCCCUCUACUCUCUGCCACAUCCGCACGGACCACGCCUACCAGGCCACAGCUCCAGUGAGUAUCCCAGUGUGUUCGGAGCUGGCUGGGCCAGCCUCUGGUCGUGACAUCAGUGUCUCCUGGCAGUCCCCUCACACCAUUUUUAAAGGCUUACCGGGUCCUCUGGUUCAGGUGAGGUCAGUAAGCAUUGGAGAGAAGAGGCAGCCCGCCCCCAACAUCCACACCACUGUUAGCAAAAGCCAUGCUUCAACAGCCCUCUCACCCAAACCUACCCUGGGAACCAGGAAACCCCGGGGGGAGGCGAAGAAGUGUCGGAAGGUGUACGGCAUGGAGAAAAGGGACAUGUGGUGCACAGCUUGCCGCUGGAAAAAAGCCUGCCAGCGAUUCACCGACUAAACCCCCACCGCCCCCUCAUUGUUGAGAUGAACUCUCCCUCUGCCAGCGUUUCACUGAGGUGGACUCUUCCACUGAGGAGAUUAAGGGGUUUCAAUUUGAUGAAGCUCUCAGGGCACGCACUGCUUCCCCCAGCCUACCUGGGGUCUGUCUUCUCAGCUCGCUUCUCCUAAUCCUCAGAAAGAAAACAAACUGAUGAAAAAAAAAACUAUAAAAGAAAAAAAUCUUUACGAAAAGAACUUCUGAUUGGAACUAAU